GGUGGCGAAAACGAGAAGCUGAGCCGAACUCUUUUUUUGCUGUCAAUUACACAUCCACACAAGCACAUCGAACCACACAAACAUUAUGUUCGCGGUUGCAGAUCCAGACGCGGUCACAGCCUCCCCACCUGCCGACGCCGCCACCGUAGACUCCCCGCAGCGGACGCGGCAGUACAUUCACGACCACAAACUCAACGAACUCUUCGCACACCUGUUACAGCUCGUGCUUUACCACAAACCAGAAAACCCGCGCGUCUUCCUGGCGGAUGAAGUGCACCGGAUUCGCAGUGAAAAGGUCUCCUCGUCGCUCUUUACCGAGAAAGAUCUAGAGACGAUGUUCGAGAUGAUUGAUGUGACGUCGCAGAAGUGGAUCACGGUGCAGCAACUGCGCAACACCUGCCGCAACCUUUCCACCGGGUCGUCUGGCACCGAGCGGGGCGGCAACGGUGCCGUCAACACACUAAGCGAAGAGCAGGAAGCUGCCAUUACCCGGGCAGGUGAUGCCGCUGGGCACGUGUCGUUGGAGAAGUUCAAGGAGGUGCUGGCCUCGCUGCUUCUCACGCGAAAUAUGUGGUCGGCGAAGGAGUAG